GCAGUGAGCACACUUGUAAGUUUUAACUAUACAGUUUGCAACGUCCACCACCCUGGGUCACUCCCUUUCCCAGAGUUCAUCUCCGAUUCUGUGUUCAAAUUCCAGUCCGACACGGUGAAUUCAAGCUUCAACAAAUUCUUUUGAGCCUCUUCACACUCCAACACUAACCAAUUACUAUAAUUACCAACUCAACCAAACCAAACCAUUAUAUAACUCCUUUAACCUUCUACUUCCAGAGAAUCUCACAACCUUCUUACUCCCGAUUCUCACAGAGAAAAUGAUAUUCCAUUUCACUCCCUAAUCCUAAACCCCAACACUACCCAAUUCAUCUUUGGAUCUGAGCCCCUCAAUUUCUUAACCGUCCAGCGGUCAUGGACAUCCUGUUCGCCCAGAUCCAGGCGGACCUCCGCUCCAACGACGCCCUCCGCCAGUCCGGAGCCCUCCUCCAGGCUCUUCAGCAGUCCGCCGCCGGCCGUGACAUCGCCGUCAUAGCAAAAACCGCAGUCGAGGAGAUCGUCGCCGCCCCUGCCUCCGCCGUCUGCAAGAAGCUCGCCUUCGACCUCAUCCGCUCCACUCGCCUCACUCCCGACCUCUGGGAAACCGUCUGCUCCGGCAUCCGUGCUGACUUCCGCUUCCCUGAUCCUGACGUCACCGCCGCUGCCGUCUCUAUCCUCGCCGCCAUCCCUUCCUACCGCCUCGCUCGCCUCAUCGCCGAUUGCAAUAAGGAGAUCUCCGAAUGCUUCGAUUCCCCAAGCGACAAUCUCCGAUUCUCCGUCACAGAGACCCUCGGCUGCGUCCUCGCCCGCGACGACCUCGUUAUCCUCUGCGAAAACAACGUUGGACUCCUCGACAGGGUGUCCGCCUGGUGGACCCGGAUCGGCGCCAACAUGCUCGACCGGGCUGACGUCGUUUCCAAGGUCGCCUUUGACUCUGUCGGCCGCCUCUUCUCCGAAUUCAGCUCCAAGCGGAUGAGUCGCCUCGCUGGCGACAAGCUUGUUGACAGCGAGAAUUCCCUCGCGAUCAGGUCUACUUGGGUGUCCUCCAUGGUUGAUUUUGUCUGGAAGAAACGAAGGGCGCUCAUGGCGAGGUCCUUGAUCCUUCCGGUGGAGAAUUUCCGGUCCACAGUGCUCCCCAUUGUGUAUUCGGUUAAGGCUGUGGCUUCUGGCAGCGUCGAGGUUAUUCGGAAGCUGUCAAAGGCCUCCAGAGGGGCUAGUGGUGGCAGCAGCGAUCAGAUUGAUUCCAAUGCUGAGAAAUUGGUGGGUGUUUCGGAUGUCGUUACACACUUGGCACCAUUCUUGGUUUCGUCAUUGGAGCCUGCUUUGAUUUACGAGGUUGGGAUCAAUAUGCUGUAUCUGGCUGACGUACCUGGAGGGAAGACAGAAUGGGCCUCGCAGUCUAUUAUCGCAAUCCUAACGCUGUGGGACAGGCAGGAGUUUGCCUCUGCUAGAGAGAGUAUUGUUAGGGCAGUUGUUACCAAUCUUCAUCUCCUUGAUCUUCACAUGCAGGUGUCACUGUUCAAGAGGCUACUUUUGAUGGUGAGAAACUUGAGGGCAGAAUCAGAUCGGAUGCAUGCUUUGGCAUGUAUAUGUAGAACAGCUCUUUGUGUUGACCUAUUUGCCAAGGAAAGUGUCCGAAGAGGGCAGAAACCUCUGGCUGGAACUGAUAUUGCUUCUCUUUUUGAGGAUGCCAGAGUCAGUGACGAUCUUAACAGUAUUACAAGUAAAAGCAUAUUUAGGGAGGAGUUAGUUGCAUCACUAGUGGAAAGUUGCUUUCAGCUGUCCCUGCCUUUGCCUGAACAAAAUAACACGGGAAUGGAGAGCAGGGUUAUUGGAGCUUUGGCAUAUGGAACUGGCUAUGGUGCAUUAAAUUGGACGGAACCUGCUUUAGAAGUGGUGGAAGUUUGUCGGCCUUGUGUUAAAUGGGAUUGUGAUGGCCGAACCUAUGCCAUUGACUGCUACUUGAAGUUGCUUGUUAGAUUAUGUUGCAUUUAUGACACAAGGGGUGGUGUAAAAAGAGUCAAAGAUGGAGCUUCUCAAGACCAAAUUUUGAAUGAGACUAGAUUGCAAAACUUGCAACGUGAACUUGUGAAGGACUUGCGCGAGGUGACUACCCCAAGAAUAUUGGCCCGUCUUAUUUGGGCUAUUACAGAGCACAUAGAUAUAGAGGGACUGGAUCCACUCCUAGCAGAUGAUCCAGAUGAUCCUCUUAAUGUCAUUAUAUCAAAUAUUCACAAAGUUCUAUUCAAUGUUGAUUCAACUGCUGAAGCAACCAAUAGAAUUCAAGAUGUACAAGCAGUUCUAAUAUCUGCUCAGCGGUUGGGAUCACGCCAUCCUAGGGCUGGGCAGUUACUUACCAAAGAACUUGAAGAGUAUAGGAGCCAUGCUUCAGCUGAUUCUGUCAGCAAGCAUCAAUGCCGUUUUAUAUUGCAAAAAAUCAAAUAUGCUUCAAGUCAUCCAGAUUCUAGGUGGGCAGGUGUUACAGCUGCUAGAGGUGACUACCCAUUUAGCCACCACAAGUUGACUGUUCAGUUUUAUGAAGCAUCUGCUGCUCAAGAUAGAAAGUUGGAAGGAUUGGUUCACAAGGCUAUUUUAGAGGUGUGGAGACCUGACCCCAGUGAAUUAACCCUUUUCCUCACGAAAGGGUUUGAUUCUACUUUACUGAAGGUUCCUCCAACUGCAAUUACUUUGACUGGAAGCAGUGAUCCCUGCUAUGUUGAAGGUUAUCAUUUAACAGAUUCAAGUGAUGGGAGGAUUACUCUGCAUUUAAAGGUCUUAAACUUAACUGAACUUGAAUUAAAUCGGGUGGAUGUACGUGUGGGAUUGUCAGGUGCAUUGUAUUAUAUGGAUGGUUCUUCUCAAGCAGUGCGGCAGUUGCGUAAUCUUGUUUCACAGGAUCCAGUACUGUGCAGUGUGACAGUUGGUGUUUCCCAUUUUGAAAGAUGUGCCCUGUGGGUUCAAGUUUUGUAUUAUCCUUUCUAUGGUAGUGGUGCUGUCGGUGACUAUGAAGGUGACUAUGCCGAAGAGGAUCCUCAAAUCAUGAGACAGAAGAGAAGUUUGAGACCUGAAUUAGGCGAACCUGUGAUUUUGAGAUGUCUUCCUUAUAAAAUUCCAUUGACUGAGAUGCUUUUGCCCCAUCAAAUAUCGCCUGUCGAGUUUUUCCGACUGUGGCCCAGUUUGCCAGCUAUCGUAGAAUACACCGGUACAUAUACAUACGAAGGAAGUGGCUUUAAGGCAACUGCUGCCCAGCAGUAUGGCACUUCUCCCUUCUUAAGUGGACUGAAAUCCUUAUCUUCUAAGCCAUUCCACAAAGUUUGUUCUCAUAUUAUCCGCACAGUAGCAGGGUUUGAGUUGUGUUAUUUUGCUAAAACAUGGCACGGUGGCUUCUUGGGCAUGAUGAUUUUUGGUGCCAGUGAAGUGAGUAGAAAUGUCGACUUGGGUGACGAGACAACAACAAUGCUGUGCAAGUUUGUUGUGCGAGCAUCAGAUUCAUCUAUCACCAAGGAGAUUGGAUCAGAUCUUCAGGGCUGGUUGGAUGAUCUUACAGAUGGGGGCGUGGAGUAUAUGCCUGAAGAUGAAGUGAAAGCAGCUGCUGCUGAGAGGCUUAGGAUAUCAAUGGAAAGGUUAGCAUUGUUGAAGGCGGCCCAACCACGAAAGACUGCAAAAUCUGAUGAUGAGGAGAGCGAAGAUGAUGACAGGAAAGAAAAGAAAGAUGGCGAGGAUGAUGACAAAAAGAAGGGACCUUCAACGCUGUCGAAGUUAACCGCCGAGGAAGCUGAGCAUCAUGCUCUUCAGGCAGCAGUGCUACAGGAGUGGCAUAUGCUAUGCAAGGAUAGAACCACUGAAGUUAACUAACAUUUUUAUGUUACAUUAUUUUUUGCGUUUUUUGUUUCUUUUUGUUCUUCCUCUGGGUUGCCCGACAAAUGAGUGAGUAUAUUCAGUGUUCCCUGAUUCCAUUUUAGAUGCACCAAUCAGGUAGAAGUAGAAGUUUGCUCGAGAAAUUGUUGACUGUAUUCCUUUGUUACCUUUUCCACCACAUCUUGAGGAAAGUGCUUUGUAUAUGUACCGGCUAUUGUUUGCUUUGAGAAGAUGUAGAAAUGUUACUAGUGUAUUUUUCUUUUAUUUAAAUGUAUUCACAUGUUAAAAUGAUUUUGUAUUCAGAAUUUCAGAUUCAUUCAUGUUGGAAAUCUAUAUUAUUGUGGUAUAACUAUCAUAUUUGUCAAUAAGAUUUCCUAUGUGGUAUGCCAAUCCGGCCUGUGUCAAGUGAAGGCCAGGAUUAGAGUGAAUAAUGAUCUAAAUCUGUGCUUUUGAAUAAGGGCCUCAAUAAAAAUAUUACUCCUUCACAUUGAGUUUUUGAUAUUAUGUUGAGAUAGUAACACCUGACUUUUCUGGCUACACAGACCAGACUUUUGGCUACAUUUGGUUCAUAUUUCCUCGAAUAAUGAUCUCUGAAUCCUAUAUUCCUUAGCAUGUACAUCAACAAUUACUAAAUUUUGAAUUGGCUUCCUAAGUUCAAUUGAAAGGUUGAGUUAGAUGACUUGUGAUGAUGAAGCAACAAUUACAUAUCUCAGAAGGAGGAGCUUGCCGAAACUGACAAGGCGGAUAAGAUAUCCAUCAGAACAAGAUCGAGAGGGAGAAGGACUAGCCAAA